GAAAAAUAUACAUUGUGACUAAAUAGUACAGAUGUUAACCUACUUAAAUGCUUCGUUAUAAAGCAGAGGAACUUCAAAGCUUAUGCAGUAAUGGAAAUAUGCAAUGGGCCGGAGUGAAAGUGCAAUGAAGGUUUCUGCGACAUUACUGGUGCUUAUUCAUCUUUCGAUGAACGUUUUGGAAGAGGGCCUAGCGGUCAACCCAAGUUGUUCUUGUAUCCGAUUUACAUCGACGUAUGGCAAGGAGCGAGGCACAUUCAGUAGCCCCGACUACCCGCGACCGUACCCUGCUCAUAUCAACUGUUUACUUUACACCUUCAUUGCUGGUCCACAUCAGAUCGUCGAACUCGUGUUCACGGACUUCGACAUUUAUAAGGAACAUCUUGAUUGUGCUCGUGGAGAUUACUUAAAAGUGUACUGGGAAGUGCAAGGUCCUGGUCCUCCUGGUGCGAUCAACGAGAGAUCGGCGUGGGCGAGGGAGCUGUGCGGCAGCAGAUCUGAGGUGCCGUCUGCGCUCUACUCGCCCGGACAGGCAAUGGUGUUGGAGUUUCACACGGGGCCCAAACAAAACAACGCGACUGGAUUCGUUGGCACAUUUAGCUUCAUUGAUAAACGUCUAUUCGAGACAGAGGGCGUUCGCGUGCCGGGCACGGAGUGCGACUACCAGUUUAGCAGGUCAGGCAGCCGACCGUCUCACGGCAGGCUUUACAGUCCGCGAUACCCCUCCAAUUACCCCAACAACGUGCGAUGUUCAUACCAUUUCCACGGCAGACCAAAGGACCGCGUCAAGGUAGUCUUCGAAGAAGUUUCACUACAAAAAGGCGAUAUAAGUUGCCUGCGACGUGCAGACAUCAUCAAGGUCUUUGAUGGGAGAGACGCGAACGCUCCGGCUAUAGCUAUGCUGUGUAACGAGUUAUCAGGUUACGAAGUCCUCUCUACGGGCCCAUAUUUGCUUCUACAGUUCACCGCCAAUUCCGCGACGCCGGGACAAGGCUUUGCAGCCACUUUCCACUUUCAGCCGCCACCGGAUUCUACAGCAGCAGAUUCCGAUCGUCUACUAAAACUGAGCUUUGGAAAAGCUUUCGAGUCACUGGGACCAGAAGUAAGCGCGACAACAUCUUCGUGUCAUCAGGAGUUUAGCAGCGACGGUACCAAACAUGGAACACUCACAUCGCCGCACUACCCACUGGCAUAUCCACCGAACACACAUUGUCACUAUGAAUUCUUCGGAAGAGGAAAGGAAAGGGUUAGGUUGAUAUUUCAUGACUUCUACUUGCACAAACCAGCGGAUGGAUCAUUGGACUGUGCAAAUGUGGAUUCACUCCAAGCAUUCGUCAACGUUGAUGGACGAUUAGAAAAGGUGGAAGCAUUCUGUGGAACGGAUCUGCCCAAGCCUGUUAUGUCUAACGGACCUAAAUUGAUGCUGGAAUUUCGCGGUACCCAAUCGUCAAGACACUCGAGGGGUUUUAAAAUAUCGUAUUCGUUUGUAGAAAAUUUCGGGAUCACGACUGGCAGACAGUUGAAGGAAUUUCCUUGCGCUUUUGUGUACAAUAGCACAGAAAGCCAUAACGGUACUUUCGCGUCUCCGAACUGGCCUGGACCGUACCCACGUGAUACUGAAUGCACGUAUUUCUUUCACGGAGGUCAAACUGAGAAGGUGCAUCUCUAUUUCACGAAUUUUGGUGUCGAAGGUGUUCUACCAUGCGAAGCCGUAUCUGGUAGUGACUACGUCGAGUUCUCUAACUACAUGACAGAAGACAGCAGAUUUGGGCGCUACUGCGGCCAGAUGAAAGAAUUCCACGUGGAGUCCGACAGGAACUUCUUCAAGGUCACCUUUCGCUCCAACGACAGGCUCGAUGGAACAGGCUUUAAAGCGAUGUAUCAAUUCCUAGAAGUCACCGAUGAGUAUCGAGCUCCAUUACAAGAUAAAGCAUCGGUUCUUGCAAAUGUUCCAGAAUUUCUGCUCAUCAUCAGCGCUAUCGCGUCGCAUCUCCACUGUUUAUAUCAUUAAAUAAAGUGAUAUUAGAAUAAUUACUACUAUUAGACUAUUAAUCCUGUACAUUUUGUAACAUAGUAUGUGCCGUACUCUUGUAAUUUAAACGUAGGAACGCAAUAUUUUCUAAAUAAAAAUAUAUUUAAGUUUUCCUCUAUUACCAAAUAAAGCAAUAUUACACAAUAAAACUUUACUC